GACAGCCUCUCACAACAUCAUCCUUAUAGCCUUCACCAACUGGGAAACUAACUCACCUGCAAUCUCUCCAACCAAAUAACAUUCAACGCUUGACUACUGCCCAACCCCGACAUGGAGACCCAGCAAGGACACGGACACCACUCACUUUGCCACACCUGCCGAAGAACGGAAAACAGCAGGAUGAAGGUCCUGAAGAUGUCUUCGUCGAGUCGCACGCUGGUGUUCGUACUGGCGCUGACGCUGUACCUUGUGGAAAUGGCCUCGGCGGAAACGCUUUGUGGGGGAGAGCUGGUGGAUGCGCUGCAGUUUGUCUGUGAAGACAGGGGAUUCUAUUUCAGUAGUCCGACUAGCAGAGCUAGCAAUCGGCGUCCCCAGAACCGUGGGAUAGUGGAAGAGUGUUGUUUCCGGAGCUGUGACCUCAACCUGCUGGAGCAGUAUUGCGCCAAACCUGCCAAGUCCGAAAGGGACGUGUCGGCCACAUCUCUACAGGUCAUACCCAUGAUGCCCGCACUAAAAGCGGAUGGCCCAAGGAAGCAGCAUGUGACCGUGAAGUAUUCCAAAUACGAGGUAUGGCAGAGGAAGGCAGCCCAGAGGCUCCGGAGGGGUGUCCCCGCCAUCCUGAGAGCCAGAAAGUUUCGGAGGCAGGCAGAGAAAAUCAAGGCCCAGGAGCAAGCGUUGUUCCACAGGCCCCUGAUCAGCCUGCCCAGCAAGCUGCCCCCUGUCCUCCUCCCCACGGACAACUAUGUCAACCACAAAUGAGCCCGCCGCCAGCCCUUUGCACAGACAAGAGUUUGGAGGGAGAAAAAAGACUAGGGGAUUAUAGCUUUGUCUCUGACGUCAUUUCUGUGGCAGUCCUCUUUGACCUCCCCUGUCCUGUCCGAGCCCACCAAUCCCCCCUGCUCUCAUCUACUACUUCUUGACCCUCUGCCCCUCUCUAAUGCCCCCCACCCCUUCAACACACAAACAUGCCUUCACGUCUCAACUCUUUCGCUCCCUCUCUUUCAUUCACUGACACAAAAGACACAAACACAAGUGAUGAACAAAAAGUUAACAAUUUGGCUGAAAGCAAUUCAGGUGGAUCCUUAAGUAAAAGAGAGUAAAAAGGAAAGGAAGAAAAGAAGAUGAAAGAGAUCUAUGGCUUGCAAGUGUCAAGAGGACACCCAGCGGAAUGUUUUUUUGUCCAAGUGGAAGACAGCAGAAAGUGAAGAACAGCUUGCAUGAACGAAUCCAUUCCACAACACUUUCCUGAGGCAAAAAGAAAAUCUCUGUUAGUUCUUUUUCUUAUUAGUUUGCACCUCUGACUAUAAAGGGACUUCCACACUGUAAGGAAUUAUUUUGUAAAAUUAGAUUCCUGUUCCAGCACCUUUUAAUCACAAACAAAAAGCAGAAAAAAGUCUGCAAAAUUGCACAUUGCCACGGAUUACGUCAAAGUAAAGAAAAAAAGGCACUAUUUUUUUAUGAACAAUGAACGUGUAGCUUAAAAAAAUGUCAUGGUGCUAGCUUUGGGAAUGGACUCAAAGAAGAAGAGGUUGAAAAGCACGUUUUUUUUUCUUUGAAUGAAUAUUAAAAACUUUCCGUUUUAAGGAAAGUGUGACUUUUAAUAAGGAAAAUUAAGGAUAUGGGGGAGCUCCUGGCAGUGGCAAUGUAAAGGGGGAAGUGUCACUGAGAGAAGAUAUGGGCUGUGUUAGCAUGUAGGCUAACAGCGUGCGCUAGUGGCUGCCUAUCACUAGCUUGCCAACAAGACUGGCAAGGGGGAACCUGAGACCCACUCCCCACUACUCCCCGCACCUCUGAGAUCUAUGGAGAUGGGGAGCAGCUUGGGGAUAUUAAUGGGACACCGUGGACCGCCUGGAUUGGGACAGUACUACAGUUCCAGGACAGUACUUCCUGUUUGCCAUGGCUCUGCAGACUGCUCUGACAGGAAGUGACAUGAUAUGAACACAGAGCGAGUGGGAUAAUGAUGAUUAUAUUUUAUUUUGUCUUUUUUUCUGUUUUCUUUUCAUAUCAAUGUUUCAAGGAAAAAAGGAAAACCCUGUCAGUUUCUGGUACCGUGACAUUCCUGUUUUUGCAAGUUAGGCAUUUUUUUGUCUCCAUGGUUAUUGUUAUAAUGUUAUUUUACAGUUCUAAAGAAUGGCACAAAACUUCAAUUCAAAGGGAAAAAACAGCAAUAAUGUCAACUAACAUUUUAUUUUUAUUGUAUAUCAGUAGUAUUCACAUGCUUUGCCUGAAAACAAAUACUUGAAUAUAUAUAUAUAAAUAUAUAGAUAUAUAAUUAGUUUCCAGGGACAUUGUGUCAUUUUCCUUUAGUCUGAGCUGUAUCUUGCGUAAUGAGCCGCCAAGCUUUUUUGUUUGUUUGUUGAAAUACAAAUAAGGGCACUGUAUAAAGGCAUUAUUUAUUUUGUUAUAAAAAUAUAUUUGAACAAAUUGGUCCAAAUAAUAUACGUAGCACUGAUGCUCAUCUGACGGAUUUAUUUUGUAUGAUCUCUUUUUUCCAAUUGGAGUUGUAAUGCUUUUUUGUAGAUGCUUUGUACCAAAAAUUUUCCUUUUUUUCCUUUUCAUUUGCCACAGUUACUUUAAAUUAAUAUUUUAACAGCAGCAUAGCCUGGAUUGCUUAGGCAUGUUAUGUCACAGAAAUAGGCACAUACUCUGAAUACGCUGGUCUGCAUGGAUUUUCAUAACCCUGUCUGGGUUACUUGUUAAAAGGAAAGCAUCCAUGAGUGACUUUUUAAUAUCAGCAAUUAACUGUUCAACAUUACAUUGAUUGUACUCAACCCACUAUGUUUUGAAGCCACUUUAGUAGUGAUGGCAGGGGAAUGAUCAUCCUUUUAUUAAAUCAUGUCUUUUUAAGUGUGCAUGGUGUCCAAUCAUCUUCUGAGGAGCCUUUCUGUUAAUCUGCCAGUGAUUCUGUAGUGUUGGGUUUUGUGGCCAUAACUGUCUGGUCAGAUAUGGAUUCUGGCAAAAAAUGCACCUGACUUACAUUAGUCGUCGUGUGGGUAACCUAAUUGGAAGUAAUGAUGUUAAUGAUGUCACUGUGACGUGAAUACCCACCAAAGGUCAUUUAAAGGUCACAGUCCAUUACGGAGAACAUAUUAUUGCUCAACUUCUCUCUGUCCUCUCUCUGUCUGUCUGUCUGUCUAUCUGUCUGUCUGUCUUAUCUCCAUUUUCCUAACUCGCAUUCAUUCUCUCUCUUGAACCUGUUUGGAAAUUGACAAUGCCCCAGAGGUUAUAUAGUAUCUGUCUAUAUCUGUUUGGGAUGUGGGAAGAGGGGGAGUUGUCAGACUUACGGUGACCCCCCCGCCCCCGCCCUCUGCAAUUACAUCCAUAUGUAUCUAAAUGAAGGGCUACCACCGUGAACCAUUUUGGAGCAAAAUCGAUGCUCUCUGAGCGUGAUGCGGUGUAGCUGAAUGUAAGCAAUGAACCUAUAAUGGUGGAGCAGCCGAGCUUGUUGCCCACAGUGAUAUAUUAUGGCUCUCCAAUGUGAGGAAUGGCUUGAAGCUCAUGUUGGAAGCGCGGUCAUUUUGUGUCACGUUCUAGUGUCUUCUGUUGUGUGAUGCAUAGCCCCAUGGAAUGCAGAUUUGAUAGAUACUCAUCUUUCUGUGGUGAAGAGUGGAGUCAAUAGUAUUUUCAAUCCUAUACCCUCAGUGGGAUCUCGCUUGGAAAUCCUACGUCUGGUCUCUGAUUAUAUUCCACUUCAGUUGUGUAACAAAGCAGUGCAAUUAUUAUUAUUAUUAUUAUUAUUAUUAUUAUUAUGAAAUGAGAUUUCCCCAGGGAGGAUAUCUUGUCUCCAGACAGUGACAAUACAAGUUUUAUACUAUAUUUUAUUCUAUGUUCUCCUGCUAGGACUGCAUUCAUUCACUAUUUUAAUGUUCAAACAGGCUACUCUAGUGUUCUUUUGAAUGGCGUGAAAGACAACCACUUCUUUUCGCUGAAUAUGAAGGGAUAUCUUGCCAAGCAGUGGCAACUAUUUCUGUGUCAGUAGCCCACUCAGCCUGUGUGUAUUUUAUUGAUUUAACCUCUGCACGCUAGAACGUCCGAAAUGCACAAUUCAUGUACUUUCAUUUUUAAUAUCAAUAAAAAAAACAUUUU